AUGGCGGAUGAGAGUGAUGAUGAAGUUCAGGAGGUGCCCCUUACCACUGUCCUAAGACCACCUGCUUUCAAUCUUCAACGGCUGACGUCGUCUUUCGGUCUUGGUGGGUCAUCAUCGUCUCCCCUGCCAAAGUCAUCUAGCUCCCCACCAGCGUCAGCAGCACGGUCGUCCAACAUAGCUUCGCGAUCUGAACCCUCAGGCACCAGCGUUCAUGCUGGGCAUGCGCUUCCACCUAGAGUGGCUUCAGAUGACUCUUCGGGUGACCAGAAAAAGAAAGAUGUCAAAGAGAAAACCAAUAAGGAUAAGGAGAAGAAACAGGCAAAAAAAAAGGACAAAAAAGAGAAGACCACGCGUAAGAAACGGAAACAGGAUGAAGAUGAUGAGGAACCAAUCGAGGAAACCUAUCCACUUACUGGGGGGGAUGAUGAUGAAAAUGACUCCAAUGGUGAUGAUGAUGCUCGCACAGGGCAGGAAGCACAUGUCCCCAAAGACUUGGGUGGCAGGGGUGAGCAUCAGGAGCCCAACAUCAAGCAAACUCUGGAGCCGUUCCACUUUGAGAUCACUGGGGGUGAGGAGGCCCAUCAUGAUGCUGCAGAACUGACUCCUGACCCGAAAGACACCGGUUUAUGGGAAUACCCUGACAACCAGCUUGGUCUCCAAGACACUCCAUACAAACAAGAUCCUCGCUAUGCACUUUUCCAAGUACCGAUGCAUGAAGGUAUCGAAGAUGCCACCAAUCCUGAGAUGGCUGAGGAAGAAAUCGAUACGAUGCUCCAGCAUAUGGAGGGCAUGGCGCUUCACACUGGCCAUGAGCUAGAUUGGGCACAGGAGAGGAUUGAAGUGGAGAGUCUUUCAGUCACUGAGGGUGAUGGUCUUGUAAUUGAGGCAUUGCCAACGACCCCAGAGCCUGAAGAGACACUGCCAAAUACCCCAGAGUCUGAAGAGUCUACUCAAACGCUUGGGUCGCUGCGAAGAGGGGAGGAGGGGCAGGAGAAGAUUGGAAAAAGAAGGCUGCUGCGGUUCACUGCGUUUCUAAACGCAGAGACGGUGGGAGUUGCGCACUUGGGUUGGAAAAUGGCUGCGUCGGCCAACUGGUCAGGAGCCUUUGUGCGAUUGGCGUCCGCCAAACUGGAGACCCAGCCUGGUUUGAGGCCGCGGCCCGGGGUGAAGAGCCCAGCAUGUCGAGCGCUCAGUGAAAUCCAAGACCGUCGGAGACCGCUGGAGAGCCCUGUGCUACAGAUUGACCGGUCAGUUCCAGAUGUGCCCAGUGUGUAUAAAUUCGACUACAGCGUGGAGAAUGUGAGACAGCUGAGGGCACACGGGAUCUCUGCGGUACGUUUGCCCAUCAACGUCUCCUCUGGGAGGGAUCCCACGUGUCUUCAGAAAUUGCAGUCCUAUUUGGAGGCUCUGGACAACCAAGGAAUCCUCUGUUUCUUCGAGGAAUCCCCCGACAUCGCCAUCCAUCCCCAUGGCCUGGGCUGCUUGCGCGACGCUGCUGCGCUGCAGUGCGCAGCGGAGGUCUGGCGUGCGGUGCAUGGAGUCUUUGGGUCCAGCCCAGUUCUCUAUGAGAUCUUCAAUGAACCCUUUGGUUAUUCUGAUCCACAAGAGUAUUUGCACGACAUGCUUCAAGUGAUUCACCUGGCGCAGUUGCCACUGGAGCGAUGCAUCCUGGAUGGUUGUGGAUAUGCCGACAAUGUCCAGGUGGUUUCCAGCUUGGGAUGGCGAGGCUUUCUGGGAUACCACUUCUACCCCAAUUGGCUUCCGGAGGGUCAACGCAGCGCCGCGAACUUUGCCUCGAAGCUGCAGACGGACCUGGCCAACGUGGCACAGCGAGUCAUCAUCACUGAGUUCGGUGCCGCCCUGACGAUGGAGAAUCCUGAUGAUGCCAACUGUCUCAAGGGACUGGCUCAACAGCUGAAAACCUUGGGAGUGAUGGGAGCCUAUCAUUGGCAUGGCUGGCACAAUGGUGAUAGCUAUGACUUUUGGGAUGCCAAGAACCAAGAGGGUGCGAGUCUGGUGCGCAAAGUCUGGGAUAGCUGCAGUCCCAGCACAAGGAUGCCAUGGCCCCAGACGCCCCAGACGGCCAUCUGCAUCUUUCGCCAUGCGGAGAUGACGCGCUUGGUGGCCCUGAACGAUGACAACUUUGCAACGCUGGGCGAUCCCUGGCGCUUCGAACAGAUCCUUUGCCACGGCUCAACGGUUGCUAUGGAGUCACUGGUGCCCAUCCAAUGCUGGCGCAGUGGUGAAGCGGCCCUCUAUUGCCAUGAAGGCUGGGAAGGGGACGAUGAUUCAGCGGACGGGAGCUUUGAAAAGGUGGCCUUCCAUGCUUUUCCUCCGGAUUGCGAACUGCCUGGGGUGGUGAAAGUCUAUGAGUUCCGGAAAGGUGCCUUGAGAUACUACGCGCACCAAGCAUGCGCCGGAUUUGCCAACAUCGAAACUUGGGGCUGGACCCAGAGCCGCGUGGCCUUUUGCAGCAUGGAAGCAGAGGAAAAGAUGGAGCGUGUCAAUGAGUCUAGUUCCAAUCGCAUUUUAGUCCAGUGGAACCUGCGCCCAGAGUUGACGAUUCGAGGUGCAGAUGGCAGAUGGCGAACAGGCACUCCUGCCAUUGGCUCCGGGGAAGUCUGCACACCCAGUGCGGAUGUUGCGCAUAAGCGGAUGAAUCUCAAUGCGCUGGCGAUCGUCAUCAAUUUGUUGUUGCCCUGGUGUUUCUUCUGUUUCAUUUGCUACGCGCUGUCCUUUACUUGGCACUACCAGGCCCCCGUGUUUGCCUGGAGCAGCGUGCUUCUGGGCUUGGGGAUUGCCGCGCUCAGCGGCAAAUUGGCCUUUCGUUCAGAUGAGUCAGACCCAAAGUGGUAUACUUUCUUCACCUUUGCCAUGCUUGCGGCCGUGUUGUUGGCGGUGGCCUGUGGUGAGUGGAACUACAGGACGUACAACGAGGCCGUCUAUGAUCUUGAAAACAUGAACGCCUAUCCCAAUGUGAAUCCAGCCGCGUUGAAAGGACAGCAGCUCAUGGAUGCCGGCCGGCUGUACUUCGUGGAGGGCUCCGCGCUGGAUCUGAAGAAAGCCAUGAGUUUCAAGAACGAUGACACCUACUGUGUUGCUCCCAUCGUCGUGGGCAAGGAUCAAAUGCCUUCCUACGACUACUGGGCUGUAGGCAUGAAUUGCUGCCCGGGUCAAUCGCCGGAUUUCCGCUGUGGCGAGUACAACAAUGCACAUGCCAGGGCGGGCUUGCGACUAAUGAGUGAUGAUCAGCGGCCCUUCUACCGCCUGGCCGUGCAGCAAGCUGAAGCCGCUUACAACCUCCGGUCUGAGCAUCCCAUGUUCUUCCACUGGGUACAGGAUCCAGUGGCCAUGGCCAACGAACGGCUGGCUGCUGGAACCAGGUUCGUCUUGAAGAGCAUCACAUGUUUCUUCGUCUUCAACUUCUUCUGCGUGUCCUGUGCCAUCAUCGUCUUCUCGAAAUUCAGUGGCCACUAA